CUCUGAAAACUAAGAACACGUCUCGUUCGACACAGAUCGAAGUAUAAUAUUUUUCAAAUUGAUUGUUUAAAUCUCGACUCGAAUGCCACGGUGUUCAUUCGUGUUCACGAAAUCCGUUCUUGUGUCUCUAAUCAACGAUCAUUAUAAAUAAAUCUUAUCUCGCCUUAGCUGUUUGUUGUUGAAAGACAAAGCAAUUUAGAACAAGUUUGUUUUGGACAAUAAAAGCUAAUUCCGCUUAUUAACAGUUUGAUAAGAAUUUGCAAUGAACGCCCCACCAUCAAUUCAAAGUUCGAUGCACCUUAUCAGGAUUAGUUUCCUUUCGAUAUCAGUAUUGAAUAGAAGGACGUAGACGCGAAAUCGGCAAACUUUGAAAAUUCUUCAAUAGUUUGUGGCAACAUUUUGGAAAGAUGGCUUCGAAAAAUGAAUUGGAUCAGCUUUUAUAUAAAACCUUUACCAACCAAGUUCGUACAGGAUAUAUCACUGUAGAAGGUGUUUGUCUGCCGGAAAGAUACAAAAAGUUUGCGCAAGCGAUCGAGGAUCUGGAAGUCAAAGAAGAUGAUGUUUGGGUCUGCAGUUUUCCUAAGACCGGAACUACAUGGACCCAGGAAAUGGUAUGGUGUAUCGCAAACAAUUUAGAUUACGAAGGGGCGAAGGUACCCUUGGCUGAAAGAUUUCCAUUUUUAGAGAUUUCCGCACUGUUCGAUGCUUCAUCCAUGCCUCAACGACCGGGAACCAAACCUGAGUUGUUCAAUAUGGACAGCCCGGCUUACGUGAAGAACAAACCCAGUCCGAGAUUUAUCAAGACUCAUUUACCCUUUCAUUUAUUACCACGACAGAUUCGAACGGGUGAAAAGAAACCGAAAAUUAUCUACGUUGUCAGAAAUCCAAAGGACACCUGCAUCUCUUAUUAUUACCAUUGCAAAUUGAUAGAGGGUUAUCAUGGCGACUUUAACACCUUCUGUCGCCUGUUCUUGGGUGACAAAUUAAACUAUGCUCCAUACUGGGAUCACGUUAUCGACUUUUGGAAUAAGAGGAACGACCCCAACAUGUUGUUCUUAAAGUACGAAGACAUGAAAGCGGAUUUACCGGCGGUAAUUAAGAAAACAGCAGCGUUUUUGAACAAACCUGUGCCUGUCAGUGGGAUGAAAGGGUUGUUGGAACAUCUGAGUUUCGAUAAUAUGAAGACUAAUCCAGCCGUGAACUUCGAGAAAGUAAUUAACGAUAUUAAAAAGUUCAGACCGAUUGAAGGUAACGAUGAAUUCAUGCGCAGCGGUAAAGUUAACCAGUGGAAAGAAGCAAUGCCUGAAAAUGUCAUACUUCAGUUUGAUAAGUUGACGAAGGAGAAAUUAUCUAAACACAAUAUUUACGCCUAAACUUUAAACCUUACAAUAAACACAUAUCAGUUGAAUUA